CAUCAGCGCUGUCGCAAACUUUAGUAAUUAACGCCUAUCGUCAUGUUAAUUUUGGAUGGCAAAAAGGGAAGCUAAAUAUCUGUCGUAACAAAUGCUCUCUUCCACAUGGUGAGGAUCCCAGGUCCAGCAAAACGAUCGUAGGCUUUAAAUGAAACAUCAAAAUCAACCCCUCGACCAUGCUGAAGACCCACACGGCCGAUUCAGAGCGAAGAAGAAAAAAAAACAAUCUCACCCAUUCGCGGAUAUUCGCCGGUACGCAAAUAGCACCGGAGCCAUGGUCCGGUAAGCACGCAGGUGCCAAUUCGCAGACGGCUUGAAACCCGCCCGCCCGUGUUAUGCAUAUGGAAUGUGAUAAAUGUGUGUACAGCAUGCGUUGGAGGAGGGUGGAAGCAAGGGAGGCACAACAACCCUCCGAACGCCGCAGGGAACGACGCAUGCCAGUGAUAAAAAGCGCAUCGCCGAUUGGCAGCACGGAUCGAACAAAUGGACACUCAGCGAGGCGCGUAAAUGUUUGCGGAGAAAAAGAAGCGAUCACCGCCGCCGGUAUGGAUGGGGAUAAAAAACCAGAACGAAAUACUCACUUUCGUACCGCAUUUACGCUACGAUUCCAGAGCUGGGUGGGCUUUUUUGUUGCUUCUUGCUUCCAAGUCAACGGUUUCUUGCAAGCUCAAUGCUCGCUAAUCAUAUUAUCAUGCAGUUAGUACCUGGGCAGAUCUCGACGUGCGAUCGUGCGAGUGUUUUUCGGUGCAGUUUGUGCGAGUUUUUGAUUUCCGUUUCAGAUAGUUGGAAAUUGUAAAUUCGUCAGAGAAAACGCCGCUGGCAAUGAUCGUGUGGAUUACGAUCUAGUGGAUUGCAGUUGAAUAGUAAAGUGAAACAAAAAGCAGGAAUCUUCGAUGUAUUACGAAUCGAAAAUGAUAAACACCGCUACAUUUCAGGAUCAGAAGCGUCCGGUGUACGAGGACAUCAAAAUAGAUACCGCGUUCCGGAAGAUAAGUCCACGCUCGAUCGGCUUCCACAUCUGGCGCAUCCAGAACGAUCAUGUAGAAACACUGCCGAAGGAUCAGUAUGGGACGUUCUACGACGAGUGUACGUACGUCGUUUAUGCCGCAUCGCUAACCGGAACUGCGUGCGAUAAGAACACAAUCAGUCGCGAAAUCAAAACACCUGGCGCGACGAUCGAACGCAACAUUCACCUCUGGCUCGGCACCAACAUUACCUCGGAACGAUCGAAAUCGGCUGCGUACAAGAUCAUCGAGCUCGAUCUACAUCUCGAUCACAAAACCACUCAGUUCCGAGAGACGCAAGGACACGAAGGCAUACGCUUUCUGUCCUACUUCAAGGACGAUGGCAUCCUUGUCCAUUCCGGAACGGACGCAUCGUCAACACCAACCGAACCGCGUCUCUAUCAAAUCUCCGGUACAGCUCCCCAGCGCUGCGUCCAGCAGAAGACGAUCAGCUGGCAGUGCUUCAACAGUGGCCAGGUGAUGAUCCUCCAAACGUCCGCCAUCGUGUUCGUAUGGAUUGGACGCUCAACAGGCUCGGUGGAGCGCAUCUUUGGCAUCCGGACGGGCGAACGGUUGCAAAAGCUUCACACCAUAGCCGAGCUCGCCAUCGUCGACGAUGGUUACGAGCAGUCGAUGAGCAUCGCCCGGAAGGAUGUGUGGAAUGGGUAUCUUAACCUGGCCAAACGCUUCGUAAAGCCAAUGCCACUCACACCGACCGUGGCGGACACGCUGCUAAAGCUGUACCAGUGUGACACCGUGAAUGGAGUGUUCCGGGUGGAGCUCGUCAAGACAGGCACACUGGAGCAGACGGAUCUGUACGGUCGGGACAGUAUCUACAUAGUGGACUACUUCCCGCAAGCAAUCUGGAUCUGGAUAGGGCGCAGCUCGCACAAACAGAACCGUGCUGAAGCGAUGCGUCACGUGCGAGGGUACGUGAUCAAGAAGGGAUACCCCGCAAGCACACCGGUAGCACGCGUGAUCGAUGGACUGGAACCGGCCGAGUUCGUUAGCCUGUUUCCCAGCUGGGUCAGUGCGGAUAUUAACGGAAACACGGUGAAAGGUUUGUCGGAAAAGUUUGACGCGCUAACGCUUAUACAGCGCCCGCGGAUGGCGGCCAAGAUACAGCUGAUGGAUGAUGGGUCGGGCGAUAUGACCGUGUACCAGAUCGGAAUCGAUGAGGUGAAGGAGAUACCGAACAAGUACGCCAAAACGUUCUACUCGGGGCAUUGUUACGCGGUGCACUAUGAGGUCGCUUGCAGUACGGAGAAUGCGAAUGGGUCGCUGCCGAACUCGAUCCGCAAUGUGGUUUACUUGUGGUGUGGAUUGAACGCUCCACCCGAGCACCGUACCAUCGGGGAAGCCUUCCUGCACGAUCUGUGCGAUCACUUGAAGAGGAACGUUGUGCAGGUACGCAUAACGGAGGGCAUGGAACCGCCACACUUUCUGCAGAUCUUCAAGGGUGCUCUGAUCGUGCUGAAUGCACAGGAUCCAAGUCUCGAGCAGGGCGUCGUGAAUAUUCGCAAGUACCCGACAAGCUUCGUGCUGAAGGUGGUCGGCAAUACGACGUACAGCUGUAAAGCGGUACAGGUUUCAAGCAAGACGCUCUACUAUCCGGAAGAUUGCUACAUCCUUAAGGCGCCCGAUAACGAGGUAUGGAUCUGGUGCGGUCAAUACUCGACGGGUGAUUCGCGUGAAAUGGCCAAAUCGAUCGCGUCCCAGCUGGGCGAGUACAAUCUCGUGAUGGAGGGUAACGAGACGGACGAGUUCUUCAACUCCGUGGGCGAAAAGUUCCUGAAGCAGCUGAAGAAAACGACAGCGGCCGGUAACAUUAUCGUGCCGGCGGUACAGACGAAUGUGGCCCAAACGUGGGACCAUUCGGUGAUCGGGCUGUACCGGUGCCAGCUGCUCGAGGAAGGCAAACCAACGCUGAGACAGAUCUUUGGCUUUUCGCAGCAAGAUCUAAGGCCGGACAGUGUGUUUCUGCUCGACGCAGGGAACAUUGUGUACGUGUGGGUCGGUGAGCAAACGUUGCCCGAAGAGCGGGCCCAGUGUUGGGAGCUGGCCAAGCAACUGAUCGCGUCGCAUCCGGUGCAGCGUGAUACGGCCAUGCCGAUCGCAACGGUGCGUCAGGGUGAGGAACCGAUCACGUUCGUUGGGUUCUUUGACAGCUGGGACAAGAAGUAUUACGAGACAUGUGUCCUGUAUGAAAAUCUUCGCACAGCGAUCGAAUAUCCCAAUGGGGUCGGUAUUCCCGGUGCUCCCAUACCCGUGCCCCGCUCGUCCGUGCGGAGCGACGACGGCAGUAGUGAUGAUUUCGAUCGAUACCAAAAGUACCCGCUCGACAUGCUGCGCGGCGAUGCGGCAAACCUGCCGGCCAGCAUCAAUCCGACGCGCAAGGAGAUUCAUCUGACGCACGACGACUUUGUGACGGUGUUCAGCAUGACGUACCGCGAGUUUGAGGACCUGCCCAAGUGGAAGCAGGUCGACCUGAAGAAGCAGAAGAAGCUGUUUUAAGCUGCUGUUAGUUCUAAUCCCCGGGUUUUUAAAACACCUUUUGCGCACGGCCUGGUGCAGUUUUAUUUAACAUCCCUAUCGUUAUGUUUAUCCUGUUUUAAUGUGUUUUUUUUUAUCUGAAGUUUGUUUAUGAAGGCAAAAUAAACGUUACACGGUACACGUUUCUAUGAAGGACGAUUGGAAUUUGAA